CGCUCCAGGACCCGCCGCCCUAGCCUCCGGGUUUUGCAGCCUCUAUGGCCCUCCUCCGAGGUAUAUUUGUUGUUGCUGCUAAGCGCACACCUUUUGGUGCUUUCGGAGGUCUUCUGAAAGGCUUCACCGCUACCGACCUAACUGAAUUUGCUGCCAAGGCUGCCUUGUCUGCUGGCAAAGUCUCACCUGAAGUUGUUGACAGUGUCAUUGUAGGCAACGUCAUGCAGAGUUCUUCAGAUGCUGCCUAUCUGGCAAGGCACGUUGGUUUGCGAGUGGGAAUCCCAAAGGAGACGCCAGCUCUCACGGUUAACAGGCUCUGUGGCUCUGGCUUCCAGUCCAUCGUGAAUGGGUGUCAGGAAAUUAGUGUGAAAGAUGCUGAAGUUGUCUUGUGUGGAGGGACUGAAAGCAUGAGCCAGUCUCCUUACUGCGUCAGAAAUGUGCGUUUUGGAACAGCACUUGGAACAGAUCUCAAGCUGGAAGAUUCUUUAUGGGCAGGAUUAACAGAUCAGCAUAUCCAACUCCCCAUGGGAAUCACUGCAGAGAAUCUUGCUGCAAAACAUAAAAUAAGCAGAGAAGAAUGUGACAAAUAUGCCCUGCAGUCACAGCAGAGGUGGAAAGCUGCUAAUGAAGCUGGCUACUUUAAUGAAGAGUUGGUACCAAUUGAAGUGAAGACGAGGAAAGGAAAACAGACAAUGCAAAUAGAUGAGCACGCCCGUCCCCAGACAACCCUGGAGCAGUUACACAAACUUCCUCCAGUGUUCAAGAAAGACGGGACGGUCACCGCAGGGAACGCAUCGGGGAUAUCUGACGGUGCUGGAGCUGUUAUCAUAGCUAGUGAAGAUGCUAUUAAAAAACACGACUUCACACCACUGGCAAGAAUUGUGGGCUACUUUGUGUCUGGAUGCGAUCCCUCUAUCAUGGGUAUUGGUCCUGUCCCUGCUAUCAGUGGGGCACUGAAGAAAGCAGGACUGGGUCUUAAGGACAUGGAUUUGGUAGAGGUGAAUGAAGCUUUUGCUCCCCAGUAUUUGGCUGUUGAGAAGAGUUUGGAUCUUGACCCAAGUAAAACCAAUGUGAAUGGAGGAGCCAUUGCCUUGGGUCACCCGUUGGGGAGCUCUGGAUCAAGAAUUACUGCACAUCUAGUUCACGAACUACGGCGUCGAGGUGGAAAGUUCGCGGUUGGGUCGGCCUGCAUUGGAGGUGGCCAGGGCAUCGCAGUCAUCAUCGAGAACACAGCAUGAGGAGGCCAAGGUGCCCUAUGACCCACUACCAGAGCCGGCCUGACCACAGUACAGUUAAAUUGAGGUUAAAUUGAAUUUACAGAAUGUACAGGCCUUCAGAGCACCUGCUGCCACUGGCCAUGCCUGCACUGAAACAAUGGUGGAGCUUGGUCCUCCAUGGCGGGGCAAAAAUGCACUUACCACGAACAACAGCUCAUGCCAGAGGUGGGUUCUCCCAAAUUUGCCCCAAAUAUAAUGUGCCUCUGUACAAAAAUGCAACUAUAGAAGGCCCUAAAAGAAUAAUCACCACUUAUGCCUUAUAACAUGAUUACAAUGAAAUCUAAUAAAUGUUGCCUUAACUUCAGCUAA